CGGGCGGCUGCGGUGGCGGCGGGUGGACCGAUUGUCGCUUGGCGGCGGGAGUCGGGGACAACCUAACUCUGGUCUGCUUGAUACUGGCAUGUACAUCUGUGCGAAUGCUCUUCUCAUACAUACAAAGAUGAUCCCAACCACCAGGAUCCAACUGCAGCAUGUAUAAUGGACAUCAUUCUUUCAUCCCCUCCUGCACAGAAAUGCUGAUUAUUUCAGUCACUUGCCAAAGACUUCUGAUGGCUCAGCAAAUGGCAUUGUUCACUGCAGUGCUGAGAAGAUACUUCUGAGGACCCAUAUCUAAGGUGAACUUGGCUUGUGCUCUUCUGGGUAGUUCCUGAACAGGAGUGAUGCCUCCAGGCAGGUGGCAUGCUGUGUAUCCAGCUCAGGCCCAGUCUUCAAGGGAGCGAGGGCGGCUUCAGACAGUAAAGAAGGAAGAAGAGGAUGAAAGCUAUAUUCCAGUGCAGACUGCCAGGCCACAGACACUCAACCGCCCCGGCCAGGAGCUGUUCCGCCAGCUCUUCAGACAGCUUCGCUACCAUGAGUCUUCUGGGCCCCUAGAAACUCUGAGCCGGCUCCGGGAACUCUGUCGCUGGUGGCUGAGGCCUGAUGUUCUCUCCAAGGCACAGAUCCUGGAGCUGCUGGUGCUGGAACAGUUCCUGAGCAUCCUGCCUGGGGAGCUCCGGGUCUGGGUGCAGCUCCAUAACCCUGAGAGUGGUGAGGAGGCUGUGGCCUUGCUGGAGGAGCUGCAGAGGGACCUUGAUGGGGCAUCACAUAGGGACCCGGGCCCUGCCCAGAGCCCAGAUGUGCAUUGGAUGGGUACAGGAGCCCUGCGAUCUGCACAGAUAUGGUCUCUUGCUUCACCUCUCAGGAGCGGCUCUGCUCUGGGGGACCACCUGGAGCCUCCCUAUGAAAUAGAAGCACGUGACUUCCUGGCUGGGCAAUCCGAUCCUCCUGCUGCCCAGAUGCCUGCCCUUUUCCAGAGAGAGGGGUGCCCAGGAGACCAGGUAACAGCAACCAGGUCCCUGACAGCCCAGCUCCAGGAGAAUAUGACUUUCAAGGAUGUGGAGGUGACCUUCUCCCAGGACGAGUGGGGGUUGCUGGACUCAGCUCAGAGAAACCUGUACAGGGAUGUGAUGCUGGAGAAUUACAGGAACAUGGUCUUCCUGGUGGGACCAUUCACCAAACCGGCUCUGAUCUCCUGGUUGGAAGCAAGGGAGCCGUGGGGCCUGAACCUGCAGGUAGCUCAGCCUAAGGGGAAUCCAGGUGCUGCCCCUACAGGAGGCGACCUUCAAAUUAAAACAAAGAAAUUCAUCUUAAAUCAGGAACCUUUGGAAGGAGCAGAAACCUUAGCUGUGCCAUCAGAAUGUCCUGCAGCAAGUGUUUCUGAGGGAAUUGGGCUCAGAGAAUCUUUUCAACAGAAGAGCAGGCUGAAGGAUCAAUGUGAAAACCCCAUACAAGUGAGAGUCAAGAAAGAAGAGACUGAUUUCAGUCACAGGACAGGAAAAGACUCUGAAGUAUCAGGAGGUAAUAGUCUUGACUUAAAACAUGUUACAUAUUUGAGAGUUUCUGGAAGAAAGCAGUCCCUUAAACAUGGCUGUGGCAAACACUUUAGAAUGAGUUCACACCACUAUGACUAUAAGAAAUACGGGAAGGGGCUCAGACACAUGAUUGGGGGCUUCAGCAUACAUCAGAGAAUUCAUACUGGACUGAAAGGGAGCAAAAAGGAUUUGUGUGGAAAAGACUUCAGCCUUAGCUCUCAUCACCAGCAUGGGCAGAGUCUUCACACAGUGGGAGUGUCUUUUAAGUGCAGUGACUGUGGAAGGACUUUCAGUCAUAGCUCCCAUCUUGCAUAUCAUCAGAGACUUCACAGUCAAGAGAAAGCAUUUAAAUGUAGAGUGUGUGGGAAAGCCUUCCGGUGGAGUUCCAACUGUGCACGGCAUGAGAAAAUUCACACUGGAGUGAAGCCUUAUAAAUGCGAUUUAUGUGAGAAAGCUUUCCGACGUCUGUCAGCCUACCGUCUGCACCAGGAAACACAUGCUAAGAAGAAAUUUCUUGAAUUGAAUCAGUAUAGGGCAGCUCUUACCUACAGCUCAGGGUUUGAUCAUCAUUUGGGAGACCAAAGCGGGGAGAAACUCUUUGACUGCAGCCAGUGCAGGAAAUCCUUCCACUGUAAAUCAUAUGUUCUUGAACAUCAAAGGAUUCACACCCAGGAGAAGCCCUAUAAAUGUAACAAAUGUAGGAAAACCUUUAGGUGGAGAUCAAACUUUACUCGUCAUAUGAGGUUGCAUGAGGAGGAAAAAUUCUACAAACAAGAUGAAUGUCGUGAAGACUUCAGGCAAGCCCCUGACCACAGUCAGCCCCAGGGUGCCCCCACUGUGGAGAAAACAUUUUUGUGUCAGCAGUGUGGGAAAACUUUUACUAGAAAGAAAACUCUCAUUGACCACCAGAGAAUUCACACAGGUGAGAAACCAUACCAGUGUGGCGAAUGUGGGAAGGACUUUGCCUAUAGGUCAGCCUUUAUUGUUCAUAAGAAGAAGCAUGCCAUGAAAGGAAAAUCUGAAGGUGGGCCAUCUUUUAGUCAGGACAGAGUGUUCCAGGUUCCUCAGAGCAGUCACACCAGAGACGAGCCCUACCAAUGCAGCCAGUGUGGCAAGGCCUUCCGCAAUCACUCAUUCCUCCUCAUCCAUCAGAGAGUUCACACUGGAGAAAAGCCGUAUAAGUGCAGGGAGUGUGGGAAAGCCUUCAGGUGGAGUUCCAAUCUCUACCGACAUCAGAGGAUUCACUCUCUUCAAAAACAAUAUGAUUGCCAUGAAAGUGAAAAUACUCCAGGUGUGGAGCCAAAAAUCCUCACUGGUGAGAAACGUUUUUGGUGUCAAGAAUGUGGGAAAACUUUUACACGUAAAAGAACUCUUUUAGAUCAUAAGGGAAUACACAGUGGAGAGAAGCGCUAUAAAUGUAAUCUGUGUGGGAAAUCAUAUGAUAGAAACUAUCGCCUUGUUAACCAUCAGAGGAUCCACACUAAAGAGAGACCUUUCAAAUGUCAGUGGUGUGGGAAAGAGUUCAUUGGAAGACAGACCCUUUCCAGUCACCAGAGUAAACACACCAGAGCAGCACAGGCUGAACGUAGCCCGCCUGGGCUCUCUUCCUCUCGGGACACAAAGUUGAGAUUGCAGAAAUUAAAACCAAGUGAAGAAAUGCCUCUCGAAGACUGUGAAGAAGCUUGCGACCAGAGCUCCAGGCUUGAUGAACUCCAGGACAUAACCGCUGGGAAAAAGUGCCACAAAUGUAGCAUAUGUGGGAAAACUUUUAGCAAGAGUUCACAACUCAUUAGCCACAAGAGAUUUCAUACUCGAGAGAGACCCUUCAAAUGCAACAAGUGUGGGAAGACCUUCAGAUGGUCUUCAAAUCUGGCUCGGCAUAUGAAAAACCAUAUUAGAGAUUAGCUUGGGUCUGACAGUGACCGCGGGAGUGAGUUCUCAGCCCCCUCCUAGAGAACCCUUAAUUUUAGGCAGUGUGGGGAAACCUUCACAAAGGGCCCAGCCCUUUCUAUUUUGGAAGCUAGUGACGGAAUCCCAAGGAUUUAAAAGCUCGGGGAGUCUUCAGCCUGCCUGCUGGGAUGUGACGCUGGGGAAGCACAGCAGCAUGUUCUUUGGAGCCCUUCUGGAGACUUGGGCCCCUAGGAGUGGCCUCUGUACCAUAGCCUGCAGCUCCCCCAGUGAGGUCUCCUUCUGCAACUCUAAAGAGAAAAACCAUUGCCCUUUGUGGUUGGAUAAAAUGUCUGUGGCAUCAUGGGCUGUGGCUUCUGGAAAGGGGCCAGUGGGAUCCUAGAUUUAUCUUCAAGUUUGGCGUAUGGCCAUGCCUAUUCUGUUGACUAAAAACAGCAGCAUCAAGAACUCCUAGUCUUCCCAAAUGCCCCCUGGGGAGUUCUGGCUGGGGCUUUAGCCUUUCUAGCUGGCUUUUGGAUAUCUUCCAGGGGGUUAGAGUGGUCUCAGUGGCUGGUGGAGUACAGCAAGAUGCUGGGCUCAAGCGCUUGGGGUGUGGAGCUCUAUCAGUAUCCUGUUGCCAUUCCCAUCCCACAGGCCUGCACAGGCAGCAGCGGUCCAUCUGUUUAACAGAAAUGUGCUGAUCACCUCCUCUACACCAGGCACUGGUGUAUUUGCUGGACACCCAGCAGAGACCAGAACAGCUGAAAAUCCUGCCGUCUUGGAUCUUUAUCAUUGACAAACAAAUGGGAUAUGCAGUAUUCCGGAUAGUGAUAGGUGUGUGGUAGACAAAGUGAAUCAGAGAAGAGUGAGAGGGCGUGCUGGAUUGGGAAGUCAAUUGUGAUUUUAAAUAGUCCGAUUAGGGAGGACCUCAACUAGAAAGUGAAAUUUAAGCAAAGACCUGAAGGAGGCGAGGGAGCAAGCCAGGUAGCUCUCUAGGGAGAGUUGCAGGCAGAGAAGAUUGGGUCUUGUCUGAUGUCCUUAGGAUAGCAAGGAGGCCCCUGGGAUGGUGUGCAGGGAGCCAGCUGGAAGGGGAGGAGAGGGGUCAGGGAGCAAUGUAAGCAUCAUCGUUCAUUACGGGGGCUUGAGCUGCCUCAGAGGGAGGCAGAGAGCUUUUGGACAGUUUCGAGUUGAGGAGUGAUACGAUCUGAAUCUGAAUUAUAUUUUACAGGGGUUAACCACAGAUCCAAAGACUCAGUAAAAUGGAAUGGCUAAAGGGCUUCUCAUGAAGUUAUCCUUGCUGCUAGUUCCCAUAAAUCAGACUCCUCCUCACUCCAUUUCUGAAUUUUCUGUAGAAUCCUCCGCCUCAGCAGAUGUAAACGCUUAGCAUUGUUGUGUGCACAUCUCUAGCCUCUGCACAGGCCCCCUCUCACCUUCACAUACCCUCUCUCACCCUCACAUACCCCCUCUCACCU